AUGAAUAGGGUAUCAAUACUAUCGAGGACGCUCAGGCCCUUCACAAAACUGGACUUUUCAUCAACACCAAUAAUACCUCAUAUUCAAUCUAGAUUUAUAUCAUCAACAUCAAAACUUUAUAAUUCACCAUUUGGAAAAUUAACAACCAUUCAAGACCAACAACAACCACAACCUGAUCAAGAACAAACAAAACAAAAUAGACCAGAAAUUAAAAAGACAGAAGAUGGAGAAGUAGAUAUAAGUUCAAUAAAUCCAAGAAAUGAUGAACAAUUAAUAGAUUAUCAUAAACAACAACAAUUAAAUCAAAAAGAUACAAUUGAAAAAUUAAUACAUCCAUUAAAAAUAAAAUUAUUUAAUCAAGUAGUUUCAGAAAAUGGGUUUUUCAAAAACAAUCAAAUUAUAAAAAAUGAUAAAAAUCAAUAUAUUAAAUUCACAUUAACAAAUGAAGAAAUUGAUAUUUUAGAACCUUCAAUAUUAUUACAAAGUUAUAGAAUUAAAUCAUCAAUGAAAAAAGCAACAUUAGUCAAUAGAUUUGUAAGAGGAAUGGAUUUAAAAACAGCAAUAAAUCAAUUACAUUUUAAUCCUAAAAAAAUGUCAACUGAAUUAGAAAAAUUACUCAAGGAAGGUUUAAUAGCAGCUAAAAAUUUAAAUUAUAAUGAAAAUGGAUUAUAUAUAGCAAGAUUAUGGACUGGAAGUGAUGGGAAAUGGAGAAAAAGAUUAGAUAUAAAAGGUAGAGGUAGACAUGGUAUUAUAAGACAUUCUUAUAUUCAUUUAAAAUGUGUUUUAAAAACUGAUCAAACUACUAAAAGAUUACAAUGGGAAAAAUUAGAAAAAGAAAGAUUAUCAAAACCGAAAAUGUAUUUAAAUAAUGAACCUUUAAAUAUUAAAGUUAGACCUUGGUAUAAAUGGUAA